AUGCCGAGCCUGCGCGCCCAGGCCAGUACGCACCGACAACCCAGUCCUUAUACUGAAGAUGAAAUGAUAAAGCGCGCGAUGAUGGAUGACCUUGGUACUAUCCGCAUCGAUGAGCUGCCGCUUGACGACACUCCCAAAUCAAGAGCCAUUCCCCCGCGUCCUCGUCGUGCUCCUGUCAUCACCGAGCACAGCGAGGCUCUCAACGGCUACCUUGCCAUGGCAGAAAAGGGUAUCGACGAUGCUGAGGCCCUGGCUGUCAGAGACCUGAAUGAUCUGGGUGGCCCCAGCAUUUACCGUCCGAUUGCAGGCCCAUCCAAAAACUUUGUGGCGGAAGCUCGUCGUCCUCCGUCAACCAUGAACGCAAUGAAGACGAGUCAGAAUAGCAUUCUGCUUGCUCCCGGCACUGUGGUUCGUCGAUUUACCUCUAGCAAAGGUGUCUCCGAGAAUGCUCCUGUUGCCUCGAACAAUAUGGGCCUAGUUGCUGGCCUACAAUCCGGUAACAAUGCAACAACAGAUGCGUCCAAGAAGCCCUUGCCUCCUCACCUAAGGAUGCAGAAGAAGACGGAGACCCCACUGUCCAACAAGUCGGGUUCUGAGAAUGGAAACUCCAUUCAAGCCUCCAAGUCAGCCACGACAAACGACUCUGCGGCUUCUCAUGCAAAAGAGAAGAUGGUGCGACUUACCAUCCCGGCGGCGUCAGAGAAACUUCCCCAGAGUCUGGGUGUAGUCAAUGAGUCCAAGAAGAGUCGAUCUUCUGCCCCUGAUACCAACAUCGUCAAGCAUAACCAUCACUCUGACCAGAACAUCUCGGAGGACGAGGUUGUGAUCUAUUGGACUGGUUCCUGCAGGACUUGGCUUCCUGAGCAGGGCAAGGAAUGCACAGUCACUGUUGAUCUCAAGAUUAUCAACACUGCACAGGAGAUCGAGGGACAAUCUCUUUUUGUCAUGACGCUCCCCAAGGUUUUCGUCAAGCGUCACAGCAUGAGGUCCUACCUUCUCGGAAUGCCGAAGAACGAGAGCUGUGUCGUUCAAUUCGUGAACCCCGACACCGGUGUGCAGGAGGGUCGUUAUCACCUGAAAUUUGAGAACACGUCGACAGCCACAGAGUUUCAACAUCGUGCGGCGUUGCUGCAGAAAGUCAUGGGUUAUCUUAGUGACGUGGCUGCUGCGAGCAACGAUAUGGCCAUUGAGCCUGUCUCUGCCACUGAGGAGACUGCGGCCAAGAAGCAACCGCUCCAGCCCGAAUCAUCGGUCACUGUGGCACCCCUGAAGGACGCUAUAGAUAUUGCAAAGGCAAAGAACGAUCCAAACACGGCAACCGAGGAUAUUAAGCCGUCCAAGGAGGCUGAAGUCAAAAAGCACACUUCCAACAAGUCGAGAGACAUCACGGAUGUCAUGACAGAUGCCUUCAACAAUCUUUCCCUCAAUAAGGUCAAGGAUGCCGAUAUGUACAAGGCCAAUAGACAGCGGGUUCAGUACAGCGCGAAAGAGCUGCUGAAGCAGCGAUCUUCUGCUGAGGCUCCUUCUGGUAUUACCGAAGCCAAGAUUCCCCUUCAACGACAUGGGAAUCAGCCAAAGAUUCAGCCCCCUACUCAAGACAGCUCCAAGCACGAUAACCAGUCGAUGAAACCGCAGUCUAUUCAUGACAGCGCUAAGCUGAGGGACUGGAUGGCAGGCAAAAAGACUCAGCCGCAGACAAAAGGAGGCUCUGAGAUCUCAAUGCCUGGCUUGUCUGAUGCAGUCCGGUAUCAGAAGGCAGUUGCGGUCACUGCCAAGUCUUCGAUUCAAACCAGCAGACAAGCGUCAUCGGAGAACAAGUUUGGCGAAGUUAUUGCCGACAAGGAGCAGGCCCGUGUCAAAGAAACGCUCAUGGAGAACGACAGGGGCACUAUUAAGGUCAACAACGGAGCUGAGAAGAUGGGUGCGACAGAGAUCUGUGCCAAUUUCACCGCUUUGGAGCCGAAGGAUGCAAACAUCAAUAUCGAACCCGAGGUUACUGUUGCUCAGGCUACUCCCGCCGAAGAAGCUGAGAUCUCUAGUCAACCCAAUAAGUCUGAUGAUGGAGCUGCGGAUUCGAAUGCCUCAAGCGAUUCUGCGGUUGAAUUUCAGACUUCUCCCAAAAAUGACCGCCCUUCCACCGUUGCCACUAAUCAGAAUGACCAGAAGACGAUGGACGAUCCUAUCCCGCCCUUCGAGAUGGCAGCACAUGACCCUACUCCUGCCACUGGCACUGACAAGCAAGAUGGAUCUGUGGAGGAGGCACCUUCUGCGGUGGUCUCCGAGGCGCCUGCGCAGACCAUCCCCAUGUUGACCACCACUAUGACCCCUGCAGCGCCUUCUGCAGUUCGUACCGAUCUUCUUUAUGGACUUCACAGCCAAACCAGUCAGGAAAUGUGCAAUCUCAUGCCUGAACCUCAACUGGCAUCGCCACAAAUUUCGGCGCCUCUCGUGGCCACACCACAUAUGAUCCACCCCCAUGCCACUUAUGUGCCUCAGAUGAAUGCGCAGCCCAUGAUCCCUGGCAUUCAACAGUAUCCCCCAAUCGGUAUCGUGCACGCUGUAAGCGUCACCUACCACAUCAGUCACGCCGGACAACCUGAUGGACAGAGGAGCAAUGCUGGUCAAGUGCACGUGCCUGUCAUUCACCACGUUACCGACUUCGGCGGACACCAGACGGGCAGAGCACUCUCACCUGAUGCACAAGCGUUCCAACCUCAGUUCCAGGGCCAAGUCCCUCAAGGGAACCCCGGCCAGAAUCGUAUGCGGAGAGGACUUGAGAGCUCGAUUUUUGCCACUGGACACAGCGGCGCAAAGCACGCUGGUCGUUUUACUGGGGCUUCUUCUGAGUGA